AUGAAUGGUCGUCAGCCCAACGAGAGAAGUUCUAUCUAUUCUCGUUUUGAGCAAGUCAGCACGUUUGAAGUACCAUCGAAGGCGUCGCCACAAACGGCGCAAGACGGGGUUGUUCAUGUGCCAUUCGGAAUAGUGCACCUGUUCCGUAUGCUUGAUGAUCCAGCGAAAAGCGACACAGACAAAUCUCUUUGUGCACUAGCCGAAGGUGAUGAACAAGACGUUGGAGAUGAUCAUCUUGGGACUGUACUUGCGAUGUUGAAUAUUCCUGCAUCAGUAACAGUAUCAAAUAUUCUGGAAUUUUUUGAAACUGCUCUUGAGGCGAUCGAGCAGGUGCGUGUAAUUGAGCAUGAACAACACGGCUACCUUAUGCUUCUGCUUAAAUUCCGUGACGCGCUUGAUGCUGAACAAUUCUUCAAAAUGUACAAUGGUCUCCCAUUCGAUGGGAUGCAAGCUGAGGAGACUUGUGAACUCGUGUAUGUAACAGGAUUUACGGCAUCAGGCAGCACGACGCCACCUGUGCCAUACCCUAUGUCAUCAAAUCUUGAGCCGUGGCCAAUCAUCCACGCAUCGAGCAAUGAACCAGAUGCGUCUUUGCGUGCCUUGCGUCCAUAUCGGUCUGGUUCUGGUCUGCGUGAAAAUGCUUUUGAGCUACCUACAUGUCCAGUUUGCCUAGAUCGUCUUGAUGCACGUCUCUCUGGCAUCAUUACCGUGAUGUGCCAGCAUACGUUCCAUUGCACAUGUCUACAGCGCUGGUCGGACAGUCGGUGUCCUGUAUGUCGUCAUUCUUAUGUACGUCAUUUUAGGGGGACAGAAUCUGCAUCACAAAGAGGUGAUGCUUUCUCUACUGUCUUUUCAAACUGCAGCGCAUGUGGCAAUCAAACGAAUCUGUGGAUGUGGUACGUAUAUAUGUCUUCCCCUCCCCUCAGUCUGACCCUUUAG